AUGAGUGCUUCAAAAUUAUUACAAAAUCAAUUUAAAAAGAUAUCAUCAGAACCAAUUGAAGGUGUAGCAUUCGAUUUAGUUGACGAAAACUUAUUUGAAUGGAGAGCAUAUAUUGAAGGACCACCAGAAACCGAUUAUGAGGGUGGUAUUUUUCAAAUUCAAAUGAAAUUUCCAAAUGAUUAUCCAAUGAGUCCGCCAGUCUUAAUUUUCCAAUCCGAAUUUUGGCAUCCAAAUGUUUACCCAGAUGGUAAAGUUUGUAUUUCAAUUUUACAUCCACCAGGUGAAGAUGAAACAUCUGGUGAAUUACCAGAAGAAAGAUGGUUACCAACACAAACAGUUCAAACAAUUAUAUUAAGUGUAAUUUCAUUAUUAAGCGCACCAAAUACAUCAUCACCAGCCAAUGUUGAUGCAUCAGUUGAAUGGAGAAACAAUAGGGAUAAUUACAAAAAGAGAAUUAGAGAAUUAGUUCAAAAAGCAAACUUAAAAGUACCAUCACAUAUUAAAAUUCCACAUCCAGAUACAGAUCCAGUCGAAAGAGCAAAACAAGUAGAAAAAAUUAAACUUUUAAAUAAGCCAAUGGAUUUCUAUGAUGAUUAUGAUGAUGAUAACUAUGAUUAUGAUGAUUAUGAAGAAAAUGAUGAUGAUGAAGAUAACGAAGAUUAUAAUGAUGAUGAUGAUGAAGGUAUUGAUGAAGAAGAUGAUGAUUAA